AUGUGUGUGUGUGUGUAUGUGCGCAGGCUGGAUGUGUUGACACGCAUUUCUGCUCCAUCUCCUUGAUUAAAGCGCCUGCCUGCCUUGCCUGGAGGGGAGUCGCAGCGGAGUGUGAAGCGGCCAGGGGCUGGGCAGGAAUGAGAUGGGACGGAGCCGCGGCAUCAGCAGAAGCAUCAGCAGCAGCAGCAGCAGCAUGCAUCCCACCACCACCACCAGCACCAGCAACAGCAGCAGCAGGCGUCCAUUUUAUACGAUUAUAUGAGCCGAUAAGCGCCAUCACCACAGUGUCUGAAUCCCGCAGAUGGUCAGCCGUGUGCACUCCCGGGGAUGACAACAUAGGCCAACGCCUCGCUCCAGCUGCAUACAAGGAAUGAAAACGCUCCCAAGAUGGUCCGCAUCGCCAAGGCCCUGGGUUUGGUUAUUCUGUGCGUCGCCGUGUUCAUACUCUCCCUCAUCAGCUAUGUAUCCCUGCGAAAAGACAACCUAUUCACCUCCUCUAAAUACAUCAUGGGAGGCCCGAGGAUUAUGUUUCACGCAGGAUUUCGGUCUCAAUUUGCUAUGAAUUUCCUGGAUCCAUCUUUCAUUCCUCUAACUAAUGCCCUAAAUGAAGAGCUCCAAGGAAAGCCGUACAAGUGGAAAUUCAACAAGACUGCUUUUUACCAGCAGAGGAAAGAUAUCUUCAGCUACAUCGACAUCCCCAGUAACUUCUCCCUCACAAAAAACAGUGUGCGUGUGGGCCAGUUGAUGCACUUUGACUACUCCAGCCACAAGUAUGUCUUUUCCAUCAGCAACAACUUAAAAUCUCUGCUCCCAGAAACCUCUCCUAUCCUAAAUAAACACUACAGCAUGUGCGCUGUGGUGGGAAACAGCGGGAUCCUGACCGGCAGUCACUGCGGCCCAGAAAUCGACCAGGCCGACUUUGUCUUCCGCUGCAACUUUGCCCCUACGGAAGUCUACUCCAAGGACGUAGGGAAGAAGACAAACCUGACCACAUUCAACCCCAGCAUCCUAGAGAGGUAUUACAACAAUCUGCUGACCAUUCAAGACAGGAACAAUUUUUUCCUCAACCUGAAGAAGCUGGAGGGGGCCAUCCUGUGGAUCCCUGCCUUCUUCCUUCAUACCUCAGCCACAGUGACCAGGACCCUGGUGGACUUCUUUGUGGAGCACAAGGGCCAGCUGAAGGUUGAACUGGCCUGGCCUGGAAAUAUCAUGCAUGAUGUCAACAAAUAUUGGAAGACUAAAAACCUUUCCCCGAAGCGGCUUAGCACUGGUAUUCUCAUGUACACACUGGCCUAUGCUAUGUGUGAUGAGAUCCACCUCUACGGCUUCUGGCCUUUUGGCUGGGACCCCAACACAGGCAAGGAGCUGCCUUACCACUACUAUGACAAAAAAGGGACCAAAUUUACCACCAAGUGGCAGGAGACGCACCAGCUGCCCAGUGAAUUCAAGCUCCUCUACAAGCUGCACAGGGAAGGUGUGACCAAACUCAGUCUGACACACUGCUCUUAGACAUAGCCCGAUCGUUGGAUUGUUAAGACUCGACGACUCCAGAGACAGUGACCCAGAUACAUCAGCCCAGCUCAAACUUCUGUUGUCACACACAAUGCAUGAUAAGUGUUAAAUCAAUUUAUGACACUCUCAUUCUACAAACACAGUCACAUCACGUUGUAGUUUCACAUGAGGAUGCCAAAAUCAUGUGGGAUAUAAAUCAAGCUGUUGUUUUGUUGACUACUACAGUUAUGGUAUACGCUGCUCAGUUGCUUCCAUUACUGCUCUUUGUGUGGCUUCGAGCCAUGGUUCAACAUCUCAAACACAACUAACCUUUAUUUCAGCUGGGGUCUGCAGGCAAUUUGCUGCAUAAACAAACACAAAGAGUCAAAUUUUCCAGUUUUUGAUUUUGUUUUGUUUGUUUUUUUCUGAGAAAUAACAAUAUUGAUUGAGUAAUCGCCUUUUACAACAGUAUACUGAUUCUGUACACUGAAAUCACUGCCUAAUCUCAGGGAAGGAGUUAGAUCAGUGUUUUUUUGUAAUCAGAUUCAAUGCCUCAAGAGAGGUGCAGUUCCUCUUUUCAGGCCUUCUUUUCCCCCCAUGAGGUGUCAGACAAUCUGCACUGCUCUGGAACUAAGAUGGUAUUUGUUUACAAGAUGUAUAGUCUAUACUUGUGUGUCUUUUAUUCUUCGUAGACAGUGUGACUGUCCACUUCAAAUUUUGUUUAGGUUCUUCAAAUUUUGGAAUAAACAUUCCGACAAUAAGCCAUAAAAUUCAAGGACAGAGGAUUUUAGGAUGUCAUUAUAACACAGAGUUUUACAAAGUAUCAGCCUACAUUAUGGUCUGAUCGAUAAAUUAAUUUAGUCAUGCUAGCAGGCCCAUAGGAAAUAAUGUUUAUCUUAGUGUAGAGCUGCCAGGACUGGGUUGCACAGGCUAUUCAUAAAUCAAACAGUGUUAAAUAUAUAUACAUACAUAGACGAGUUAAUUAUAUAUAAAAUAAUUUCAUUUCCAAAGUGGCUUUUGUUGUCAAUUCCCUUGUUUACUCUCCACCUAAAGUUGUCAAAUAAAGGUACAAAAAUAUCGCCCAAAAUGGUUUAUUAAGAGAUGUUUCUUGGCCUGAAUUGAACAUUGCAGCUCUCUAACAUUAAAUUUGUGUCUCACUAUAAAAAUUUGAAAAGUCUGCUGGGAGAUUUAAUGCCUGUUAACUGUAACGUAAAUGUUUUAUGAAGCCAAACGCUUUUAAACUUUACUGCCAGUAUUUUUGUAAAUGCAGGUAUGGCUUUAAUUUGUUCUAUACACAAACAAAGUCAGAGGUUCCCAAGCUGAAGCAGGUAACAUGGAGCUGCAAAGAGUCAUUGCUUGUGCCAAGCUAAUUGAUGUAAUUUAGAUGAUACAUGACAUUUCUUUUUGUAAUUGUACAGUAUUUUAUGUUGUGAAAUAUUAAUUUUAAAUCUACACAUUUAUCUUAUUAGCAUUUGGUAGUUUUAUACAGUUAGCCUCUUAACAAUUGAUGUAAUGUAGCUCGAUCAACUGAAAUCAUGUUAACAAAACAUGACUCAAUUAAAACUUAUUUUGGUUUUUGAACACUAUUCUUUUUGUAAUUUUACAUGUAACCUAUUGUUUUUGAAAUAUAUCAUUUAAUGACCUUUGCAUUGUUAUACAUUUUACAUUUUAGCAUGCUAAGAGUGAUUUUGUACAGUUAAGUAUUUAACAAAUCUGCCAUUUAACAAUAUUUAAUAAGUGUAAAAUGUAGGAACAUGUUUGUGUGGUUACUUUUUUUUUAUUAUUGCUAUAUCAUUUUUCCACUUAGUUUUGAUUAUGUAUGUAGCUAACAUUUGACCUUAUGAAUAGCUAUUGCAACCAGAAACCAUAGUGUUCAACCAUUUAUAAAUGGAGAUACACUUUUGUAAAUCGUUUGGGCUAAAAAAAAUCUGAAGUUUGGACUGAUCUUUCUACUUAAAAUCAUGACUAGCAUGACAAAAAAAUAAAUAAAAAAUACUACAUUUUGGACACAAUCAACACAAACACUACUUCAAUUGCAAAAAAAGAAAGAAAAAAAGACAGUAUUUAUUAUAGUGUUUUUGUCGAAGAGAAUGUUAUUUAAUCACAUAACCAUAUCAAAUCUAAUGUUCGUG